AUGGGUAUCCUGAAGGAUGGGAACCACACUGCAGUGACAGAGUUCAUUUUAUUGGGUUUAACAGAUGACCCAGUCCUUAAAGUUGUCCUCUUCACCAUCAUCCUGUGCAUCUACCUGGUGACUGUGUCUGGGAACCUCAGCACCAUCCUUCUCAUCAGAGUCUCUUCCCAGCUCCAUCACCCCAUGUACUUUUUUCUCAGCCACUUGGCUUCUGUUGACAUAGGCAUUUCAUCUUCUGUCACACCCAAUAUGCUUGUCAACUUCCUGCUGGAGAGAAGCACAAUCUCCUACCUUGGAUGUGGCAUCCAGCUUGGCUCAGGUGCUUUUUUUGGAUCAACUGAGUCAUUUCUUCUGGCUGCCAUGGCUUAUGAUCACUUCAUGGCAAUCUGUAACCCACUACUUUAUUCCACCAAAAUGUCCACACAAGUCUGUAUCCAGUUGCUAGUGGGAUCUUAUAUAGGGGGUUUUCUUAAUGCUUCCUCUUUUAUACUUUCCUUCUUUUCUUUUCUCUUCUGUGGACCAAAUAAAGUCAAUCACUUUUUCUGUGAUUUUACUCCUUUAGUUGAACUCUCCUGUUCUGAUAACAGUGUCCUGCUAAUUCUUGAUUCAUUUUCUGCUGGCUCCAUCAUUGUGAUCACAGUGUUGGUCAUAGCCAUCUCCUACACCUACAUCCUCAUCACCAUCCUGAAGAUGCACUCCACUGAGGGUCGACACAAGGCCUUUUCCACCUGCACCUCCCACCUCACAGCAGUCACUGUUUUCUAUGGAACUGUCACAUUCAUUUAUGUGAUGCCAAAGUCCAGCUACUCCACAGACCAAAACAAGGUGUUGUCUGUGUUUUACAUGAUAGCGAUAGCAAUCCCCAUGUUGAACCCCCUAAUCUACAGCCUUAGGAAUAAUGAGAUUAAGAAUGCUCUGAAGAGACAGCUUAGUAAAAAAACAUUUUCUUAG